AUGAGUUUCAAGGGUCUGCAGAAGGCCAUUGUGCGGGCGCCGCAGAACUUCCGGCAGAAGAUGCACAUGGGCACGGUGACAGAGGAUGCGGUGUACUCGGACGCAGAGCGUCGGUUCAAGGAGUUGGAGACGGAGACGAAGCGGUUGUCGGAGGAGUCGAAGCGGUACCACAAGGCGGUGAACGACAUGUUGGAGCACCAGCUGGGGUUCUCGAAGGCGAUCGAGGAGAUCUACAAGCCCAUCUCGGGGCGGAUGUCGGACCCCAACUCGGCGAUCCCGGAGGGCAACCCGGAGGGCAUUGAGGCGUGCGAGCAGUACCGGGACGUGGUGAACGAGUUGAAGGAGAUCUUGAAGCCGGACUUGGAGUUGAUCGAGAGCAGGAUCAUCGAGCCGGCGCAGGAGCUGCUCAAGAUCAUCCAGGCCAUCCGCAAGAUGUCGCAGAAGCGCAGCCACAAGCAGUUGGACCUCGACCGCCACCAGAACUCGCUCACCAAGUACCAGAACAAGAAGGAGCGCACCGCCAAGGACGAGGAGCGCCUCUACAAGGUCGAGAACGAGGUCGCCAUUGCCCAGCAGGAGUUCGACUACUACAACGAGAUGAUGAAGACCGAGUUGCCCAUCCUGUUCCACUUGGAGGCCGAGAUGGUCAAGCCCCUGUUCAUCUCCCUCUACUACAUGCAGUUGAACGUCUUCUACACCCUCUCCUCCCGCAUGGAGGAGAUGAAGAUACCCUACUUCGACCUCUCGCAGGACAUUGUCCAGGCCUUCGAGGUCAAGCGUGGCGACAUCGAGGAGCGUGCCGACGCCAUUGGCAUCACCCACUUCAAGCUCGGCCACGCCAAGAGCAAGCUCGAGCAGACGAGACGGCCUACCGGCUACGGCUCUCCUGGCGCCGCUGCCGGCGCCUACGCCGGAUACGGCGAGAAGGCCGGCGCCGGUGCAUACGGGGGGUACGGCGGAUACGGCGAGAAGGCUGGCUCCGGCGGCCCACCUUCCUACAUGGGAGCACAGCAAGCACAGACAUCCUCAUAUGCCAGUCCGCUCUCGCCCGUGUCGCCAACCCCGCAGAUGCAGCCUCCUCCGGGAGUCGCCCAACCGCCAGCAGCGGAAACAUGCACAGCGUUGUAUGACUACACGGCACAGGCCGCUGGCGAUUUGACUUUCCGCCAGAACGACCUCAUCAAGGUUAUCCAGCGCACGCCAGACCAGAACGGCUGGUGGACGGGUGAGUUGAACGGUGUCCAGGGCGUGUUCCCCGGCAACUACGUCCGUUUG